GUAAGAAAGAACAAUAGAACAGCUGAAAAAUAUGACGCCAGGUGACAUGUUUGCUCAAAUAGGAUCCAUAGUUGCUUCCAUAAUGUUUGUUUGGGCUAUGUUUAAGCAAUUUUUCCCUCACCAACUAAGCCACCAAAUUGAGAAAUACUAUCAAAGAUUGGUGACUUUGAUCUACCCUUAUAUCCAAAUCACGUUCCAUGAGUUCACAGGGGAGAGACUGAUGCGAAGUGAGGCUUAUUCAGCCAUAGAGAACUACCUUAGCUCCAAGGCUUCUACACAAGCAAAGAGGCUCAAAGCUGACAUAGGAAAGAACAACCAAUCCCUUGUUCUUAGCAUGGAUGAUCAUGAAGAAGUAGCUGAUGAGUUCAAUGGUAUCAAACUCUGGUGGGCUUCUGGCAAACACACUUCCAAAUCACAAUCACUUUCUUACCACCCGAUGACUGAUGAAAAAAGGUACUACAAACUCACUUUCCAUAAAAGCAAUAGAGACAUGAUCUUAGGAACAUAUUUGAAUUUUGUACUUAAAGAGGGUAAGGCUAUUAAGGUGAAAAACAGACAAAGGAAGCUUUAUACUAAUAGUGGGUCUUAUUGGAGCCAUGUAGUGUUUGAGCAUCCAGCAUCAUUUCAAACACUUGCUAUGGACCAAGAUAAGAAGAAAAUGAUCAUUGAUGAUCUCGUCACAUUCAGCAAUGCUGGAGAGUUCUAUGGAAGAAUUGGUAGGGCAUGGAAAAGAGGUUAUCUACUUUAUGGACCCCCAGGAAGUGGCAAGUCCACUAUGAUUGCUGCCAUGGCAAACUUGUUAGGCUAUGAUUUGUAUGAUCUUGAAUUAACUGCGGUGAAGGACAACACUGAAUUGAGGAAGCUUUUGAUUGAAACAUCUAGCAAGUCUAUAAUUGUGAUUGAAGAUAUUGAUUGUUCACUUGAUUUGACUGGUCAAAGGAGGAAGAAAAAGGAAGAGGAAGAAGAGAAGGAUCCUAAGGAAAAGCAAUCAAGAAUGCAAGAAAGAGAUGCAAGAAAUAGUCAGGUAACUCUUUCUGGUCUUCUGAAUUUCAUUGAUGGGUUAUGGUCUGCUUGUGGUGGAGAAAGACUUAUAGUAUUUACAACAAAUUAUGUGGAGAAACUUGACCCUGCAUUGGUGAGGAAAGGGAGAAUGGAUAAGCACAUAGAGUUGUCAUAUUGUGGUUUUGCGGCAUUCAAAGUGUUGGCUAAGAAUUAUCUUAACAUUGAAUCACAUUAUUUAUUUGGCACAAUAUGUGAGAUGUUGAAGAAAACCAAAAUCACCCCAGCUGAAGUGGCAGAGCAUUUGAUGCCUAAGACUGCUUCAAGGGAUGCAGAAUUUUAUUUGAAAAGUUUGAUUCAAGCACUUGAAUUGGCACAAGAAGAAGCCAGGGUUAAAUCUGAGGAAGAUGCAAGAAAGAUUGAAGCAUCCUCUGAGCAAGAUUCUCAUUGGACUGAAAGUGAUUCACCAGCCAAAGCAAACGGGAAAUCAGAAAACUACACAUAAACUUGAUGCAAAUUAGAGUCACCAAGAUAGAGAGAGUUAAAGGUGUGGAUCAUUGGAAGGCAAUGGAUAAGGCACUCAAUUGUUAUAACCUGAGAAUUUGGCAAAGGCAAGACCUAUCCUAGGACAUUGGAUAAACAAACAGAAAUACAAAGUUUUUCAUUUGAAAAAUCAUAUAUUUAUUGUAUAAAAAUGCAAAAGUUAUUCAAUGUAUAUAAGGCGUAUUUAAUAUGUCAUUAUGUCCUUGGGACAUUCAUUACUAUAAUUCAAAAUUCUUACUUUCAU